AUGUCACGUGACCACCCAGCAAAGAGCAAAGGGAGCUCUGCUAAACCCCCUCCUCCGUCUUGCAAACCCAUCCCACCUCGCCUUCCUCGCCCGCACACCAUUCAUCCACCCCCAUCGUCUCAGCCUCUUCGCUUCGUCCCCACCGCGUCGGGAGGCUAGGGUUUCCGCACCAAGCCGGCUUCCCCCUCUCCCAUGGCCUUCGCCCAGAGAUAUGGAUACGGGAGCGCUGGGUUCUUCGAGGUCGUGCAGGGCUUGCACCCGCGCGGGAUCCCCAAGUCCGAGGCGAGAGGGGGAGCCGGCGUUGCUGUGAACAAGGUCAAGAAGUAUCUCGCCCAGAUGGACAGGGCCGUGGAUUACGACUUCUACGACGACGACGACCUCCGCUACGUCCGCUUCAAGUCGCCCUUCAACCGCCGCCCCCUCAUCGGCCGCCGACCAUCCCUCGGGAAGAACGCGGGGAAGCGCACCCUCCGCCUCGUCGGGGGCAGCAGCCCAGACUACCUGCGGCAAUGUGAAGAGGCUGCGUUUGGUGAUUUCGAUGACAGCGAUGACUGGGAGGACGAGGUGUAGGUCGGCAUAAAGAAUACCAACAGAUUGAGCAGGGGAGGGGUACAGACGACAGGCGUAUAGUGUUCGUGGGAGGUCUUUUGGCUUGGGACGGUGGGCUACUUACAUAUCCGCAUAGUACCUUUUACGUUUCUGCAAUCUCUACAGUGCGAGGAGGGAGUUGGCCUGUAAUAAUUUUGCACUCUCAAUGCUCGUCGCUUUUGCUCUCGUGAUGUUAGAUUCUUCUCCGAUGCCUGCAGGGAAAAGAGACCUUUUGGACGCAAUUUUCUAAACUGUUAUGUUCUGUUAGCCUUUGUUUACUAGAGAUUUGUCUCGUGAUAACAUCGAUUAUAUAGGCUGGGUGAACUUGUUUGUUGCCUUGUUUUCUUUU